AUGAGUGGAUUUGAAAUAACGUCUCCUGUUAAUUUAAAAUCACCAUCAAUAAUCACUCGUGAUAAUUUCAAAUUUCAAAUCAAACAAAUUAUUGGAACUUCUGCAAAAAGUAAACAACAAAUUUCAAUUCAAGAUGAUUUAAUAGCAUAUACAGCAAGUGGAGGAGUAGUUGUUAAUAAAAUUAAUAAACAAAAUAAUGAAGUUAUAAGUCAACGAUUUUUUUGUGCUAAUAAUAAUAUAUCGAAUAAGAAUGAUUUUGAUGGAGUAUCUUCAGCAAACGCGUAUUUAGAAAUGAUUAAGGGAACUACAACAAGUUCAAUUGAUGAACCAAAACGAGAUUUAUUUGGAUAUGCUAUAACUAAUGAACCAUUGGUAAUUUAUGGAAAUUCAUUUUCAUCAAAUGAUGUACAAGAUAAUUCUCCUAAUAAUGCCUCAUCUCCGUCUAAAUUGAAAGAUAAAGUAAGAUCAAUAAAUUGUAUUGCAAUAUCACCAAAUAAAAAAUUAUUAGCAGUUGGAGAAAUAGGUUAUCAACCAAGAGUUUUGAUUUUUUCAUUAGCACCAGAUUCUCAGGAUAGUCCUAUCAUGGAUAUUUAUGAACAUUCUUUUGGGGUAGAUAAAGUGGUAUUUUCACCAGAUGCUAAACAUUUAUGUUCCUUAGGUGUCAUCAACGAUGGCUGUAUCAACAUAUGGAAAUUAAACCUAAAUAACAUCAUUUUACAAGCAAGUAACAGAUGUUCAAAUAUCAUUAAUAAAAUUAUUUGGCAUGAAAAUUUAAUAAUCACAAUAGGUUUAAGAUUUAUUAAAAUUUGGAAUUAUGAAACUAAUAAUAGUACGAAACCAAUUGUUUUAAAAGGUAGAAAUGCUCAUUUGGGAAUUUUAAUGAAUUCAAAUUUUAUUGAUAUGAGUGUUUUAAAUGAUGAUGAAAUUUUAAUAGUUACAAGUUCUAAUCAAUUACUUCUUUUGAAAUUAAAUUUUGAUUCACCUAAAUUAAUAGGUUUGAAGAACCCAACAAAGGAAUUUUGCUCAAUAUGUGUUGAUUAUUUGAACGAGUUAAUAUGGCUUGGAGGAAUAUAUGAUAAAGUUGUAAGUUCACAAAUUAAAGAUUUGACACCUAUAGAUUUAAAUUCUACUAGUUUUCCACCACUCAAUUCAUCACCUUCAAAGUUACAUCAAAAAUUGAAUGGAUCAUUUGAAACUUCUUGUCAUGAUGUUGAUGCCUCGAAAAAUCUGAUUUUACAAAUGUUUGACUUUGAUAAAAACCAUUUAAUUCUACUCAACGAAAACGAAGAAAUAAGGUUCUUUGACAAGAAUGAGUUGAAAAUGGACAAUAUAUUGACAAAUUCAAUUAUCAAUAAUAUCGGUGGCAUAAAAAAAUGUUAUAAUGGUUUUUAUCUCAUUUUUUCAAAGGAUGGAUUAAUCAAAAAAUUGAACGACUCUUGUGAACUAGAGUCAUUAUUAGAAUUUGUUAUACCCGGUAAUGAGGUUAUUACCAAUACUCUAACUGCAAUCGAACACUUUGAUAAUUUUUUCGUAUUGGGAGACAAAUAUGGGACCUUAUAUAUAAUUGAAAAACCAACAAAAGCUGAAGAAAAAACCGAUACAAAUGUGAUAUUUCAAAUUAAAGCUCAUACCUCCACUAUCAAUAGAAUCACAUAUUUUAAAUAUCAUGAUAAUGAGUUGAUAUGUACCGUAUCAAGAGAUCGGACCAUACAAAUUUUUACAAAUAAACCUAUUGGUUGGGAUUUAUUACAAACUAUUCCUGUUCACAAUGGGAACGUUUUUGAAAUUCUAAUUCAUGAAAAUCAAUUAAUUGCAUGCUCAAGUGAUAGAACUAUAUCAAUCCAUAAUAUCACAACUGAGCCUGAACUAUCACUAUCGACUUCAAAAAUUAUCACUUUGAAAACUACACCAGUUGCAAUGAUCAUAUCUGAAAAUGAAUUAAUUGUGUCUACAAUUGACAAACAAUUAAUAAUUUAUGAUCUUAAUUAUGAAGUUAAACGAUCUAUGAAAUUGAAUAAUGAACAAUUGAAUGAAAGCUUGUUAGUUGAGUUGAUGGUUAGAUAUCAAAAUCUAAUAAUUGUUUCUUGUGCAGAUAAGUCUUUAAGGGCAUUUGAUUAUGCUACUGGGAAACCAGUAGGUGUAACUUGGGGUCACCUGGAGUCUCUAUUAGGAUUAUUCGUCAACGAGCAGAAGACUUUUAUAUCAAUUGGUAACGAUGGUUGUUUAUUUUCAUGGCUAAUAAUUGGAUUAGAUUCUGUUAGACCUCAAUCAAUUGAAAAAAAUUCAAUGGAAGAAUAUUAUCAACCUUUGUAUGCAAAAGUUGCAAGAAAGAUUUUACCAUCUGUUCCAAUUAAAUCAACCUCCACUGAAGAAUCAUUAAAUGAUAAAAAGGAAGUAAACGACUUAACCAAUACUUCUUGUGAAAAGUUAUCAAAAACAUCCUUGAUCUCACCAAAUACGCCAAAUUCUAAACUAUCAUCAGCAACUUUGAAACGAAUGGAAGCUAAAAACUCACAAACAAAAACAUCUCCCACUAGAUCCAGAUCAGUAUCACCAACAAGACCAUCUCAAUCACAAAAAAUAUCAUCAUCAUCACUACCUACAACAAAUACUAAUCGUUCUCCCACUAGACCUGCUUUUAAUUUAAACAAAUCCCAAAACUCAAUAAAUGGAUUAUCAAAAUUAAAUCAACCACUUUCGUCACCUCCACCGGCGAAACGUACUACUACAUCACCAAGAUCUUCAAUAGAUUUAGGAAGAAUAAUACCACAUGUUCAAUUAAACACCACUCCAACAAAAUCAAUAUUUAGACAUGACCUCAAUCCUACCAAAUCAAAUAAUUCACAAGUUACUUAUGAAUCAGCAAUGAAAUUCAUGAAUAAUUUAAUUGAAAAUUCAUCAAAUUUUGAAAAUAAUGAAAAACGUAACUUAUUAAACAAGAUAGAAGAACUUAAAUCAAAACUUAAUGGUAUUCCUUAUCAAAAUAGCAUUUUAGAAGAUUAUUCAAAUAAAUUAGUUGAAUUAGUUGAACAGAAAUUAAAUCUAAAUAAAUCAACUAAUAGUCCUACCACAUUAGUAGAUCAAUGUCAAAGUCAAAGUCGUAGAGAAUCAAUUGCUACAUCUAAUUAUACGAACGGGCAUCAUGUAAACGGAACUAUCCAUGAUGAAAUAUCUAUGAUUAUAGCUUCAAAUGCUGAAGAUGAAUUGAAAGAGAUUAAUACUAAUAUUGAUGAAAUUAAAUGCAAUAAUUGA